UUGCAUGGGUAGACACUGGAUAUUUCUAUAUUUGUUCCAGUGAACUCUGCUUUGAAAAAACUAAAGCUCUAAUGAAUAUUUAAGGCCAGAUCCUCAGCUGGUGUAAAUUGGUGUAGCUCCUUUAGGGUCAAGGGAGCUAUGCUGAUUUACACCAGCUGAGGACCUGCCUCAAACUGUUUUCCCCUUCAAGUAAGUUUACCUCAGAAGUGUCUCUACUGUAUGUGGAGCCUGAUUUUGGUGCAGUCUGCAAGAGGGAGGGAAUGGUUUACUAAGUACGAGAGACCGCGACAGACGUUUUGAGACAGAAUAACGAGUCCUAUUUUGGUUCCUUUGGGUCAGUGGUAGAAGCAACUGAGGCAGUAGAGGGGGCAGCACCCCUUAUGUAGCCUCACCUUCAGAACAUUCAGCAACAGUGAGAGGAGCAGCAGAAGGGGGCACAGAGGCUCUCUAACAGGCACUGCUUGCAGAAGGUUCUACCAUUAGGCUGUGCUGGUCAGCCCAUUACCCACACAUGUGAACAUGCAGUCAUCUCGAAGAAUUCCAGUUACAACUUCAAAAAUAUUCCAAAAGGCUUUGGGGAAGGGAGAAGGAGUAACCGAGCUCACUGAAUCGGACAAUGAGGAGGCGGAGAUAAAGAGCAUCCUAGAAUGUCUUGAGAACAAUGAUUUGUUGUCUGUGGAGCACCAGCUUCACAUCUUGAGAAACCUAGAAACAAAAAUCAAUGUUGUCAACCACCUCAACAGUGACCUGGCCCAGCGGCUGGUUGACAUCACCUCCAUCAAUCUAAUCAAGAAUUCGGAACUGAGGGAGGAAUUUGAGGAGGCUGCCAUUGCCAUCCUAGUGUCGGUUGGGAAGCACUGUCCAGGAGAUGUCGUGGCCACACUGCAGGAGAGAUUCCAGCCAAAAGUCCUGCCCCACCGCAGUAUCCUCUGUGCAAUGGAGAAGCUCUGUCAACUCAGUGUAAUGGCUCCCUAUAUAGGUGCAAUGUGGGACUGUGUCCUGCCAGCCCUGCCCCUAGUCCAGUCAGAAGAAUAUAUGCUGAUAUUUAGUGAUGUACUAAGAGAACUCUCCAGGUGUGCAUCAAGGUACCUGGCACAGUCACCACAGGGAGCUGAGGAGCUGGACAUUACCAGAGAAACUGCAGCUGCCAAAGCCUAUGUGACCUUCCUGGUGCUCUUCAACAAAUGGUUCCCAACUGCAAAGGGAAAGGUGAUGGAAGCCACACUGGAUGUAAUUGGCCAACUGUUUUUCAUCAUGUCUAUUCAAACACUGAAAAAUCAUCUUCAGUGUUUGAUCACAGAACUCCUGCAUCAGUAUGGGACCAGAAUACAACAUUUUUAUGUCACAGAGUGCCUGUGCCAUCUUCUGGAUGCUGUACUGUGCCACGGGAAAUGGAGUAAGAGGUUGUACCAUAGUCUGGACAAUAUUCUCAGUACUCUAUUCACACAGGUUUGCGCUAAGACUGAAAUAUCUGAUACGCUAAGUAACUGGAACCAAACUUCUGCACUGCGAGCCUUCCAGGUGCUCGGUCCUAUUUAUCAGGAGGAUAUUAUGGCUUUCCUCAGAAAGCCAAUGGAGGGUGCAGAAGAGGUGGAGUGCACUGCAGCUCUCACAGUCUUGAGAGAAGUUACCCAGGAGCCUCCCCAUAUGGACAAAGUAAAAGACACCAUGGUGCAAUCUGUGGCUCUCCUCAUACAGGAAAACAACUAUCAGGUGAAAAGUCCUCUCUUGCAGCUGAUUAGAAAUUUUGCAUGCUGUGGGUAUCUCAUCCUGCCAGGAGGCAGUGUACUUGUGGAUUUUCUCAUUCGGCAGUGUGAACUCCCUGUCUGCACCGUGAAUCCUGAAGGUGACUGGGAUGAAGAGGCAGUCCAGGUGUAUAGUAUCAACACCCUAAACCUGGUGCCCUGGAAAAUGCUAUUGCAGUUCGUGUGCCCUCUGGAGUAUGUCAACACUUUGAUCCCCAUCUGCAAAACCUUGACAUCUUUGUUCAUAAAGUCAGGGAAAGGAGGCCUAUCUCCUUACCUGGCGGAGUUCCACAGACGACCAACUGAACUCCCAACCCCACAGGCACUCCUGCUACGUCUUUUGGUGAUUUCAUUGUAUCCCUACAAAGAUGGAGGCUGUGGGGUUGUUGCUCUCCAACUGCUGCAUGCCCUCCACCCUCUCAACUCUCUCCAUCCUGUGAUUCAUUCUGAUUUGGGACAGUUGUGGAUGGAGAUGAUUCCUGAGCUUAUACAAUAUCUAGAAGCACAUAAUGAAGGAACUCUGGAAGAGGAGAAAUGGAAGGACAAGCUGCUUCAGCUUUUAGAAAGGUCAGUGGAAGCCAUUAUGGAUGAUGCAUGGUCCUGUGAGCUCGCAAAUGAGAUUCUUGUGAAAAGCAAAAGCUAUUCUCAGAGGUGCCAAGAUAAGUUUUUCCCAUAUAAAUUUUAUGGGGCAGUCCUACGGGCAUCAAGAAACAGAGAUGUGGUGAGGGAGUACCUCAGCAUUAUACUGCGGACUUCUCAGCAGGAGGAAGCUGAGAGAGAGGGGAUUGCUUCUGCCAUCAGUCUCGUAGCUACCCGUCACCUCAAGGACAUCUUGGUGGUGCUUCAGGAAUUCAUUAACAUUCUGAACCCAGACGAAAGCUCACCCAGUGAGGAUGCACAGCAGAGUAAGUGGAGCAUGGCUUCCAGCACCCUUCACCUUUGCUAUGACCAGGUGGCCAAGGAAACAAAGGACAACAUCCUGCCCUGGGUGGACCACAUCCUGUCCCAAAUGUUAUACCACUACUGCCGCUACACUGCCUCAGCCACGAACCUAGGUCUGAAGCUGAGCUUUCUGAAGUCAAUGGCUGCAUUCACCAGAACUGUUGGCGACAUCACCCAGAAAGCAAAAGAAGCCCAUGAAUUCUCACAGAAAGCUGUCAUCGUGGCAUUCAUGGUGAAACUGAUUGAAGAAGAGUCAGUGAACUUGCUGUCUAACCCUGUGCGCCAGCAGGCCAUGAUUGUUGUCACUAACCUGAGAAAGCUGAAGCCACCACUAAAGUCUGAGAAGAAAGCUGUUCUACUCCGGGCAUGUUACAAAAGUGUCUUUUCUCUGCCUCCAAUAGAGAUCAUGUUAGCAGAGGCAUGUGAUAAUACACAAUGCCAACACCCAGAGUCUCUGUACAAGGAAACUAUAGAUGCCUUGAGAGGAAUGCUUGAGGGUUUGGUAUUUGAAUGUCCUGUGGAGGCCCAGAAGAUUUUGGAGUACCUCGAGCCCUGGCUAAUCUCCAGAAAGGAUCAUGAGCGGGAACGAGCAAUGUGGUGCAGUGCCCGGAUCCUAAGAUGUGUGGCCAAGCUUCCCAAUUUUGACACAUCAAUUGAAUUCAGCAGACUGGGUCGCCUGGUUAGGCUGCUUGCCCUUCGAUGCCAUGACCCUGUGGACAACAUCUGCUUCUUGGCAGCCCGGGCAGUAUACAACUUGUAUUGUAUCCAGCUGGUUAAAAAGCAGCUUGAGAAGGGACAUGGAGUGGAGAAGGUAGACACACUACAAAAUCUGGGAACAUACAGUCCCUCUGUGUUCUACAACAACACCUCACAAAUCGCUAAGGCUUUUGCAGAAUAUUUUACCCCACUUCAGCUAACAAACCUGGUUCUGACAGCACUUGAUGGUUUGACAGAUCCCAGGGAAAAAAUAUCUCGGGCAGCUGGAGAACUGCUCAGUGCAAUUCUGGAAGAACGGGGAGCUGACCUGGAGAAGGUAGAUGACACUCUGACUGGCAUUUACAAGCGCCUCAGCCUCAUCCAUGAACCCCUUACGAGGCAGGAAAUGUUGAGGUCAGUGUGCUUCUUGGCUGGAAACAACACCAAGAAAGUGGUGCCUAUCCUGUUGGACCACCAUCUCCCAUGGGACAGCAACACAACUGAGCUAUGGAGGUUCCUGGGCACCAGAAGAGAAACCACCCUCAAUGUUCUUCAGUUGCUGAUAACAAUCCUGGAGGAGAAACCAGUCCAAAAAGUCAAUAGCAGUAUCUCUGAUGAUGAGACCUCCCUCCAGCCUGUUGCUGUAACGUGUGCACUGUGUGAGAUGCUCUCUGUCCCUGGCUGCAGAGAUGCAGUGCAGGAACUUUAUCCCAGCCUCUUAUUGGCAGUGCUUAGUCAUGUCCAGCGAGUCAUUGAGCAGAACCCAUUAGAGAACAUGGUAGUCUACAGGAAAGAGUGUGGCCAGGGGCACAGGCCCAAGGCAUUCGAUCCUUCCAGCUGUGCUCUGGAGGCUGUGAAGACCCUGCUCUCAGGCGCUGGUUACUUCGAGGUGUUAGACUAUGUGGAGGAACACAGAGGGUGGGACCUCCUCUCCAGCCCCAGUGACUACUAUUGUGGAAUAAUGGAGAUCACAAGUGCCAUGGUGAAGCAUUUGAAGCCUCUUCAUCUGCACAGGAUUUUUAACAAGCUGAUCCCGCUGCUCAACAGUGAGAAUGAGCAUGAUAAAAUUAUGUCCAGGGCCUUCUAUGCUCAGCUUCUCUGGCACCGUUCUGUGGCCCAGAGUCUGGAACUCGACGUCUUGGCCCCACUGAAAAAAUGGAUCCAAGAGCCAAAUCCCAUCAUGAGGCUCCUGGGACUCAGAGGAAUUAGUAAUUUAGCUCUCCACCCAGGGAAGGCAACGCAUCUCAGAAAUCACCUUCCAGUCCUUCGGGAGUUCCUAAAAGAGAAAGAGGAGAGGAUUGCAGAGCAGGCUGUGAAAGCCCUAAGAAAUAUCAUUUACUACAUGGAAGGGGAAGAGGUCAAGGUUGCAUUCUGCCAUAUCGUCCGGCCUCUUUGGCAGCUAAUUACUGAUGAGAGAGAGAAAGUGCGCAUUUCUGCUAUCAUUGCCUUUGGCAAAAUGCUGAAAUGUGUGAACAAAUAUAAACCUGGACCUGUCAUCCAUAAUGAAAUCUACUAUGCUCUGGUGCCUCUGAUGCUUGUCAUGCAGGGGAAUAAUCAUGAGAUACUAAAGGCAUGUGGAGACACCUUGGCAGAGUGUGCACAGGUAAUGGGAUGGAACCAGCCCAGGAACUUGUUCAGACAAAUGACACUGAGUGACCAUCUUCAGGUCUUGCAAGAGAUGUGCACUUUUCUGGUGAGGAAAUGCAGGAGAAUGGUGGGGGACUUCUUACUUAAGAGCAUAGCCUACCUAAAGAACCCUCAGCCCCUUUUACGAGAGGCAGCAGCAAGGUUUAUAGAGUUCACACUAAAGAAUUUGAACUUAAUUCAAGUCGACAGAGAUGAUGUGAUGCUACUGCUCAAUGCUCUUGACGAUCUCAAAUAUGACCCUGUAGCCUCAGUCUGCAUUACAGCUUUAGAUACCAUAACAAAUAUUGAGACAGCUUGUUUGCCUGAAGCAGAGCCUCUUUCCGGGUUGAGGAGGUUUUUCUGCUCUCUGCCUGUUCAAAGAAAGAUGAAGAUUUUUAAAGACAGAGAAAUCCCAUUAAAGUUCAAGUCCAGCUCAAAGCAAUUGAGAGGCAAAACCGUCCCUGAAGAUACCUCAACAGCAGACCAAGAAGAAGGGGAAAAGAGCAUGAAACAGAAGCUAUGGAAGCUCACAAGGAAUCUGAAAAGGAAAAGACUCUAAUGUUAUGGAAAUACCUUCCUCAAAGGUGCUGCAGCUGCACAUUAAAAUCAGAAAUUGACCAUGCUGAUUGGUCUGCAAACCCUCCAGUAGUUGCUAAAAGAGUGAAAAAGCAGAGUCACCUAGAGCAGCUGAACUAACUGAGGAAGGAAGAGAUCAGGAGAUAUGGCAGGGGGACAUGAGGAAGUGUUCAGGUCUGAUGGACAUGAAGGAGACAGAAGAUGCAGGAGAGAGAUGCAGGAACAGACACGUGGGACAAGGAAAGUGACAGCCUCAAACCAUUUCUUCGGAGCACAAAGCUGCAGAUGGAGAGGGUCAGAGCUGGGGUGGGAGGGAGAGUGCAUAUAGCACAAAAGGGAACUGCAAAAUCAGGCCAUGGUUAUUCUCUACAUGACAGAAGGUUUCCAUACUGUCCUGGCAUCUGCCUACCACAUAGCCAGAGAUUAUCUACCAUCAGCUUUACUCUAGCCGUUACCACUUCAGUGACUUCCUGCAAGCUAUACCCUCCUCCUAGCACAAGUGCCAGAACUAUAGUCUGGUUGUGUCCCCGCUUCCUCCUGGCUAAUAGCAAUAGAGUUAAUUUCUCCUCCCUCUGAUUUUGCUUUGUUUGCUAGUGUUCAUUAACGGUUGUGGGGUUUUUAAAUAAAUGUUGUGAUGCUAUUUUUCUGGAGUGAUCACCACCCUGUUAGCAAAUGUGAGUGCGCAAAAUGAUCAUUACAGUGCUUUUGUCUGUAAUCACCCUGAUCACCAUUCCCAUCACAGGACCUUGCCUUGGCACCAGUCUAACUUUUGUGUAAAUAAAAUCAAGUUGUGGAAUCACAGUAGCACUGGUGAGUGUCAUCCGUAACUAUAAAAAAAAAUCGAGGAGUCCUUGUGGCACCGUGGAGACUAACAAAUUUAUUUGGGCAUAAGCUUUCGUGGGCUAGAACCCACUUCAUCAGAUGUAUGGAGUGAAAAAU